AUGGGAAGUAACCGGUCAUGGGUCACAGAAUUCAUCUUGGUAGGCUUCCAUCUCAGUGCAAAGAUGGAAAAGCUUCUCUUCUGGAUCUUCUCCCUGUUUUAUAUCUUCAGUCUGCUGGCAAAUGGCACGAUCCUGGGACUCAUCUGUCUGGACCUGAGACUGCACACCCCCAUGUACUUCUUCCUCUCACAUCUGGCCAUCAUCGACAUGUCCUAUGCUUCCAACAACGUCCCCAAGAUGAUGGCCAACUUAACUUUUCUGUAUUUGGGGUUUGCUGCUACCGAGUGCCUGAUUUUGAUGGUGAUGUCCUACGACAGGUUUGUGGCGAUCUGUCAUCCCCUCCAGUACACGGUCAUCAUGAGCUGGAGAAUGUGCAGGGCCCUGGCUGCCACUUCCUGGGCAUGUGGAUUUAUUCUGGCUCUGGUCCACGCAGUUCUCCUCCUAAGACUGCCCUUCUGUGGGCCCUGGGAAGUGAACCACCUCUUUUGUGAAAUUCUGUCUGUCCUCAAGCUGGCCUGUGUUGACACAUGGAUCAACCAAGUGGUCCUCCUUGCCGCUUCUGUAUUUGUCUUAGUCGGGCCCCUGUGCUUAAUGCUAGUCUCUUACAUACACAUCCUCUGUGCCAUCCUGAAGAUCCAGUCAAAGGAGGGCCGCAGAAAGGCCUUCUCCACCUGCUCCUCCCACCUCUGUGUGGUUGGACUCUUCUUUGGCAUAGCCAUGUUGGUUUAUAUGGUGCCAGACUCCAAUCAACGAGAAGAGGAGGAGAAAAUACUGUCCCUGUUUCACAGUCUCUUUAAUCCAUUGCUGAACCCUCUCAUUUACAGCCUGAGGAAUGCUCAGGUGAAGGGUGCCUUGUACAGAGCUCUGCAGAAGAGGUCCGUGUGA